GACCUCAGAGAUUUCAUUAGGCUUGGAAUCGUCGUCAUGAAACGUUGGCAGAAUCGCGUGGCCGUGGUGACCGGCGCUAGUUCAGGAAUCGGUGCGGAAAUCGCUCGAAAACUGAUCUCGGCCGAUGUGGUGGUAGUGGCCCUGGCCCGUCGCCUGGAUCGUUUGGAGCAACUGCGCCAGGAAGUGCCGGAGGAUCGGCAAUCCCAACUGCACAUCCGACAGUGCGAUGUCACGGACGUGGUAUCCGUGAAUGACGCCUUCGACGCGGUGCAGCGGGAACUGGGCGGCGUGGACAUUCUGAUUAAUAACGCCGGAAAGUUGUCUGGCGGACAGCUCCUGACCAUGUCGUUAGACACUGUGCAGCAGGUGCUGCAGACGAAUGUAAUGGGUGUGGUCCACUGCACCCAGCGGGCUUUCGAGUCGAUGAGGCAGCGCCAUAACACAGGUCAUGUGGUCCUCAUCAACAGCAUCGUGGGCCACUACAUAUUCAACCCGCUGCCUGGAAGCCAACAGGAGCUUAACAUGUACCCGGCCACGAAGCACGCGGUAACCGCCCUCACCGAGCUCUUACGCCAGGAGAUGCGGGACUUCAAGACAAAUGUUAAGGUCACGAGCAUCAGUCCGGGAUUGGUGGACACCGAGAUCGUACCUUUGGCUUACAAAAAACUGCCCAUGCUGCGGGCGGAGGAUGUGGCCAAUGCCAUCAUGUAUGUUUUGGACACGCCCCCACACGUCCAGGUGCAUGAGCUGACCAUCAAGCCAAUGGGCGAACCCUUUUAGAACACCGCUACAUUGCAACACAUCGUCUACUAAAUAUUUUAGAGUAUUGGGCAUAACCUUGAACUAGUUUUCUGAAUGAAUAAUUUGAGAAUGAAAUGGAACCAGUGUUGUUCUAAACCGGACUCCAUUUGUACCACACUUCGGAAAAUUAAAGGAAUACGAGCAUUUGCACAUUAAAUUUGUAUAAAAAACUCGUUUCUUAAAGAAAUAUAACUAAAAUGAAGUUUUUAUGGAGCUUUCUACUUUUAAAAAUAUUUCAACCCAGUCUUACACCAUAAUUUUUUGAUCGUUCUCUGUAUGUGCUUUAUAUUAUUAUAUUCUAUUAAAUUAUUUUACUACCCAA